ACGUCAAAAACCAGAGGACGUCUAUUUUUUCGGUCCAUGUUCACCCUGACGGAACUCGUUUAGCAACUGGAGGCCUUGGUUCAGUACUCUGCGUUAGAUGGUCAAAUAAAGAUGGCCGAUAUUUGGCUUCAGGUUCGAGCGACCGACGCGUUCUGAUAUGGGAAUGGGAUAGAUCGGCUGAAGGGUUGUCGGAAGGAAGUGGUGAACACAACAUUGAAAAUUGGAAACCAGUAAGGCGACUUUCAGGGCAUCAAUCGGAUGUAGUUGAUCUUGCUUGGUCGAGAAAUAAUACCUAUUUGGCAUCAUGUAGCCUAGACAGCUUGGUGUUCAUAUGGGAUGGCAAAACGUUUGAAAGAUUGCAUAAACUAAAUCAGCAUUUAGGGUUUGUUAAAGGUGUCACAUGGGAUCCUGUAGGCGAAUAUCUUGCAACAGCGUCUGAUGAUAAAACUAUUAAAAUAUGGCGAACUGCUGAUUGGACUGUGCAAGCUGAAAUUAGUAAACCCUACGCUCCUACAAUUUUCUACCCUCGUCUUAGUUGGUCUCCAGAUGGUUCUCAUGUCGCAACAGCAAAUGGUGCGCAAGGCGCAGUUAUAUUUAAUCGAGAAGAAUGGCGUACUGAUAUAUCUUUGGGGCAUGAUUCUGCGAUCGAAGUCGUGGCGUUUAACCCAGUCAUUUUUAUGAUACCUGACAGUGAUGACGCUGACCCCAAUUCAGAGACCAUGAGUAAUAUAUGUGCUAUUGGAAGUCAAGAUCAUAGUAUUUCCAUAUGUUCAAUGAAGAAUACCCAUCCACUCUUUGUUUGUCAAAAACCUUUUAAUGAUAGCGUAUUAGAUUUAGCAUGGUCACCUGAUGGUACAAAACUAUAUGCAUGUUCUUUUGAUGGAACUGUGGUUGCCUUACAAUUCCUUAAUAAAGAAUUUGGCACUCGGGUAUCUGAAGAGGAACAUGAGAGACUUCUUACAAAUUACACUGUAACAAGUAACUCAAAAAGAACGAUUAAUGAAUCUGCCGAAUCAGAAUACACAUAUUCAACAGUCAAAUCUUCAGUUACAAAUGAAGAGAUACAUAUUGUAAAAAAAAUAAAAACGAUUAAUGAUUAUUCAAACCAGUUGGAGGAUUAUCUAAAAGGCAAAGGUAUAAAAUUCUUUGAUUAUGCACAAUUUGAUAAUCUCGAAAAGAUUGGAUGUGGUGGAUUUGCUGUUGUAUAUUCAGCUAUUUCUGGAGGAAAAAAAUAUGCUUUAAAAAGUUUAAAUAAUAAUUUGGAAAUUGAUGAGAAAACAUUUAAAAUAUUUAAGCAAGAAGAAGUUGAUGGCACACCCGAAAGAUUUGUUAAAAUUUAUAAGGGAUGCUGGGAUCCUGAACCUUGCAAACGUCCAACGUUAAAUGAAAUAUCAGAGGAACUUGGAAGAUUAUCUAAAGAAAAAUUAAAUGAAGUAUCAGUGAAACUUGGAAGAUUAUCUGAAGAAAAGUCCAUUAAAUUUACUACAAAUACUAUAGAAG